ACACUCGUGGAGGUAAUGACAUCACCGGGCCUAGAGACGGACAGUGACGUCACAUUGUUUGCAAAUGUUAGUCAUGUUGCUAGAGAGUUUGAACCGGUUUGGCCGAGUGAAAACACCGCCUCCUCCCUCCUACGCACAUCUCUCCACCUUCAAAUAUAUAAGACUGCCCUGCACGACUCAACGGCACUUCAACAUCAAGUACGCGACAAAAACAAACACACCGACAGCAUGCUUUCAGAAACCGAGUGCGGAAUCUGCUAUCGGACUUUCAGCGUCGGUCGGCGGUGUCCACGACAGCUGAGCUGCAAACACACAUUUUGCGAAAGCUGCCUGGUGACGCUCGCGCGGUCCGCGGAGAGCCCCGAACCCCGGAUUAUGUGUCCGCUGUGCCGUCAGUCCACGCCGCUGUCAGAGGCGACAAUCAAAGAUAAUCUGCCGGUAGACGAGGACAUUUUGGAGCGGCUGGUGACCGCGGCCAGCUUGGAGGGGUGUACGGAUGACGAAGAAGACACCGAGGAGCCGGACCAGGAAGCGUCCAGCCCGCGUAAAGAGGACAGUCCGCCGCCGAGAUCUCCAGGCGGACGCCUGAUGAGAUCCAUAAGGCGCCUCUGCAAAAAAAUCACCGGGGAGAGCAGGAGAAACUGCAUGACUGAUGAGGAUUUAAGGGACCUGGCAAUGAUGUCCUGCUACAUUAUGUAAACAACACCAAGAUUGCAAGUUGUUGAAUUUGCAAGAAAAUUCCAAGUGUCAAGACGGGAUCUUAGUCACCCCUCAAGCAUCUGGGACGCACCUUGCAGAACCAAUGGGAACCUCUGGAAGAAGUUGUUUUGUUUUUGCACAUUUUAAAGAAGGAACAUCGCCAGCAGUGCUUGCGGGCAUAGCAGUACUGUUUGCUGUUGGGUGUGACUCAUUGCCAUAACAGAGAUUUUGGGUUAUCCCAGCACAACCCAAAAACAAACCGAAACGAAGAAACAUUAAAGAACAUUCAAGAAUAUUUAUAUAUUGUAUAAAUCUAUAAAGUGUGUCUUGAGCUUAAAGCUCAAUCAGGCCUGGAUAAUUGUAUUGCUCUUUUAAUUUAUUAUUAUUAUUAUUAUUCAAAAGGUGUAUUGGACUAUGCCACUGCAUGGCAGAUUUCUCCUGCAACAAUGGACAAAUACUGUAAACUGUCACUUACAUUUUACCCUUUAGUUUUUAAUUUAUAAGGAGGGACUUUGUGUUAUAUUUUAUCAAAUAAAUACAAAUGAUAGGUCCCAUUAUGUUUGUCUUUUCGAACAAUCUUUAUUUAAAAAACAAUUACAACAUUAUUUUACAUGUAUUUAUUUUUAACGAUGAUAAGUGAUAUGUGAACAGGAAGGAGAUAUUUUGUGUACUGCUACAUUUGUAAAAAAAUAAAUAAAUAAAUAAAAGAUUUUCACAUUUUUAUAAGUUUA